AUGCCUAGCCAACGUCGAGGGCUCGGGCACCUCACCAAGACGCUCCUCGGGGCGCUCUUGUUGACCCCCGAAGGCACACUUGCAUCACCUUCGUCCACGGGCAAGAAAGUCUUCGCCCAUUACAUGGUUGGAGACUCGACCGCCCAGCAUCGCCAACAGGACAUCAAGGAUGCCAAAGCCAUUGGCCUCGAUGGCUUCUCUCUCAACAUCGCCAAGCCCGACAGGGCCUUUGUGCGGGAAACCAUGAACGACAUGUUCGACUUCGCGGCUGGUCAAGGUUUUGGUCUGCACAUCAGUAUGGACCUUUGGGCCGCCGGCACCCCCCCAGACCGGAAAUCUAUACCUGAUUAUAAGUCAUUGUUCGUUGACUUCUUUGGUCACGCUGCAUACGAGCGAGGUGCCAAUGGCUUCCCAAUGGUCACGACAUUCUCUUCCGGAGGCAGCAACAACAUGACUUGGGUGGACUGGCGCAACCAGUUUGCUCAGCAAGUGUUUGUGCUUCCAAACCUGGAUGCCAUCCCUGGAUACUGGGAGUUUCAUCCGGGCUUUUGGGAGCAUUGGGGACAAGUUGUUGAUGGCCUCUUCUCCUGGGAGUCUGCUUGGCCUCUUCGCGAGGGCAAGGGCGGCGCUUUCCCGGGAGACAUCGGGCCUGAUAAGCCGCUCAUGGCAGGUAUGAAGAAGUACAACAAGAAAUACAUGAUCGGUCUCAGCCCGCUGCAGUACAAGGAUGCCUACGACACCAACAUCUACCGAGCCGGCGAUCUGAACUUGCCUACCCGCAUGCAGAACAUCCUGGCAAACCGAGACGACAUUUACUACGUCAACGUUUUGACUUGGAACGACGGCCCCGAGUCUCACUACGUCGGUAGUAUCUGGCCAGAGCAGAACACUGAUCCUGAACCUGCCCACUACAUGAAGUUACCGCACAAGGGCUGGCAGCGUGUCCUUGGCUCCUUCAUCGCAGCAUUCAAGGGAGAUGGAGUCAUGAGACCCUUUGGCAGCGACACGGUCACUGGCGCGUUUUGGUACAAGAGUAUCUUGUCGGACACGAAAUGCAGUGCUACUCCCAAGGAUGUUGGCAUUGAGCAACAGUAUCUGAACAAGCCCGAAUCUUACGAGACUGCCACUGACAAGGGUGCAUAUGCCGUCGUACUGCCCCAGGGUGCAUCGGGUUGGUCCAUGAGAGUACACAGCGGAGGAAAGACGGAUACCAUCACCGGUCUCAAGGGUGGCUUGAACUCUGGAAACACUCAACUCAACGCGGGAGCUCAGAGCGUCGAGAUCCUCAACUUGGCUGGUCAAGUCGUCGCUGUUGCUGGAGGAGGCCGUUGCGUCUAUGGAGGCGACGCAUGCCCCGACUGCACAUACAACAUCAACCCCAACGUUGUCGAGUUCACCAGCGGUAGCAACCUGCCUGCUUCUUCCAAGUGCGACGAGAAGUGUACGGCCAAGGCAGGCAGCGACUGGGGUGAUGUCUCCAAGGAUGGAAAAUGCGGCCCCGACCAUGGCAACGCCAACUGCAUUGGCUCCACGUUUGGGUCUUGCUGUUCCCUCAACGGCGAAUGCGGCAUGUCCACAGCCCAUUGCGGUACGGGUUGCCAUAAGUCUGCUGGUAUGUGCUAUGGCGGCAAGAAGGAGGUGGAUGAUCCCGACGAGGACCAGGACGAGAUCGACAGGAACUGGCCCGACUCUCUUACCAAUGAGAUCUGCAGCCUCAAAUUCGAUACGGAUGAUCCCAAAACUUUGACGAGCCGAUGGAUCCAGAGCGGUGCUGCCACUUGGUUCCUCAACUUCCUGAAUGAGCGUGGCGCCGGGAACUGGACUGACAAGUUCUUCAUGAAAGUUAUGGGCCAGAAUACCUUGAAUUUCGACUGCCUCGAGAUACUCACGAGCUCGUGCGACGGACCCAAAGGCAGGAAUUGCACAGACUAUAUCCCGCCACCGUCAUACUAUGUGCAUCUUCAGAUGGGGAACCUUCACGCGGCCAUCGAUCAGCUAUGGGGUCAGAUGGUCACCAAAGGUAUCGAAAACCUGUCCAAGCGCAUCGACAACCUCGUCAAGGAAUACGGCACGCCCCCGGAGUCUAAGAAUUCCCUCAUUCUCAACAUGUUUGUCGGUGUCUUGACAUCCCUGGCCGGUAUGUCGGGACACAUCAGCGAUAUUUCCCCGGGCAGUACUCUGGGAAAGUUCGCCAACCCGCUGACAAUCUUCUCCGGUAUCUUUGCACAGGCUUCUGCAGCUGACGGUGCCGUCAAGCGCGUCUCGCCUGAGGACCUGAAAGAUAGCCUAGAGAAUGUCUACGGAACCAUGUUCAUAGCCGUCAUGGGGCAGCUCAACGAGACUCUCAAAACCGUCUUUGGCGGCAGGCUUCCGGAAGGCUGGUCAGAGGAUGAUAUCCGCCCUGAAGACUACGUAUGGAUGCAUUUUGCAAAGGGUGAAUGGUUGAACUAUCAUCUGAAGGAUCAGGCAGUCAACUUGUAUGCCGAGAACACGCAGCAGAGAUUUAUCGAGUUUGCGACUGUCACCGCCAUGAAGACAGGCGGUAAAAGUCGCUACCGCCUACUGGCAUCUCCCUCAAAGUGCAUCAGCGAGGAGGAGUGCAAAAAGACCGAUGGAGCCUAUUUCUACAAGGAUUACUGUCUUGCCUUUGGCUACAUAGUCGGAGGAGGACUAGCCCCCACGAUACCCUACCCUCUCAAGGGCAAAGACCUCACUACCCUACGCAGUUUCCUCCCCGACUUGAACGGAGCGCUUGUCAACAACUUUGACUGCUAUCCGUACCAGACGAUGAACCGCGAUAAGUGUCCACCCUUUUACGCGAUGCCCCUUCCCAAGGAGUGCAAUGACAUCCCGGAACCGACCAUCCCGUCAGGCAAGGACUUGGACUUUACGAACCCCAUGAUAUAUCCCAAGUGUUACGUCAACUUUCCCUCUGUACCAUGGGAGAAGUGCAUCGGUAAAGAGUAG